GAAAGAAGCGCACGGACGGACAGACGGCACCGAGCACCGGAAGUGUGUCCAUGCUUGGGGCGGGGUCAGAUGGGGUCGGGGAGCCCUGGGAACAGACCGGAUGUGGCCGCUGAUUACGUGGUGUCUUCUUCUUAUGUUUCUCACGGUCGUUCCGUCCGUAAGUUGCCUUGACAACAACGAUAUUCUACAACUCAACAUUCCCCCAGAAGAGCCCGUUAUUGACCCGAACACAAUCUGCAAAACCUUUCCCGACCUUUCAAGACGUCAAUAUCGACUAUGUGCAAAAUUUCCUGACGUUGUGGCAUCAGCAAUACAAGGCGUACAGGUUGCAGUGCACGAGUGUCAACAUCAGCUUCGAGAGCAUCGUUGGAAUUGUUCAAGUCUAGAGAAGAAAAAUAAAAAUCCUCAUGCAAGCCCGAUGCUUAAUAAAGGCUACAAGGAAUCGGCCUUCGCGUACGCGCUGGCGUCCGCAGGCGUCACCCACCAAGUGUCCAAGGCGUGCAGUAUGGGAAAACUCAAAUCGUGCGGGUGUGACAUGAGCAACCAUGGCCAAAUUAAGGACAACUUUGAAUGGGGAGGCUGUUCUCAUAACGUCGAGUUUGGCGACAGAUUCGCUAAAAAGUUUACAAUAGCCCGGGACCGGGCCCGGGAUAUUCAUGGUCGAAUUAACCACCAUAACAACAGGGCAGGGAGAAUGGUUAUCUUAAAGAAUGUCCGGAAGCAGUGUAAAUGUCACGGGAUGUCCGGAAGUUGUGAAAUCCGCACGUGCUGGAAAGUGUCCCCCGACUUCCGGGUUGUCGGGGAUAUCCUAAAAGAUAAAUACGAAAGGGCUUCCCUUGUUGACCUAAGUAACAAGGCCGACAAGAAAUCCCGACGGCGUCUCGUAAAGAAACAAAAUAAAUCAGAGCUCGUUUACUACGAGAAAUCCCCAAAUUUCUGUGACCCUGACCCCCUCGUUGAUGCCCCAGGGACCACGGGCCGGUACUGCAAUAAGACGACUAAAGGGCCUUCUAACUGUGACACGUUGUGUUGUGGGCGUGGCUACAACACUAUGAAGAUUCGACGUACCGAGCGCUGUAAUUGUAAAUUCCACUGGUGCUGCUACGUCGUCUGCCAGACUUGUGUCUACAAUGAGUGGGUCACUGUGUGUAAAUGAUGACGUCAUAGAUU